AUGUCUUCGUCCUCCCAACAAACCGGCGCAGCCCGCCUGCUGCAGCGGCAACUAAACGAGAUGAGGAAGGCAAAGGACCUCGAGGGCGUCUCGGUCGGCCUCGUCAACGACAACAACGUCUUCGCCUGGCAGGUCGGCAUCAUGAUCAACGACGACUGCAAGUACUACGGCGGCGGCUGCUUCAACGCGACCCUGACCUUCCCGCCCGAGUACCCUCACAUGCCGCCGAAGCUCGUGUUCCAGAACCCCGUGCCGUUCCACCCGAACAUCUACGCCAACGGGGAGCUCUGCAUCUCCAUCCUGCACCCGCCGGAGGAGGACAAGUACGGGUACGAGUCGGCCUCGGAGCGGUGGAGCCCCGUGCAGACCCCCGAGACCAUCCUCGUCUCCGUCCUGAGCCUCUUCAACGAGCCCAACGACGAGAGCCCCGCCAACCUCGACGCCGCCAAGCUUCUAAGGCUCGAGAGGGAAGGGACCAGCAAGGAGUUUCGGAGAAGGGUCAGGAAGUGUGUAAGGGAGAGCUUGGGCGAGGAUUGA